GGCUCCUUUCUGUCCCCUCUGCAGGAGCCCCGGGCAGCGGUGUCCUUGCCAGCGGCAGAGGGCGCAAAGGAUGCCCCGCACCUUGGAGCACCAGGAGGGCGGCUGGGCCUGGGCGGUGCUGCUGGCCUCCAUGCUGAGCCAGGGCCUCACCCUGGGCUUCCCCACCUGCACCGGCGUCUUCUUCACGCAGCUGCAACAUGACUUCCAGGCCAGCAACAGCGAGACGUCCUGGUUCCCCUCCAUCCUCACAGCGGUGCUCCAUGCAGGAGGGCCCCUGUGCAGCAUCCUGGUGGGACGCUUUGGCUGCCGGUCGACAGUCAUGCUGGGGGGCAUAUUGGCCUGCCUGGGCAUGGUGACCAGCUCCUUCUCCAGGACCCUCAGCCAGCUCUACAUCACAGCGGGCCUCAUCACAGGCCUGGGCAUGUGCUUCAGCUUCCAGGCGAGCAUCACCGUGCUGGGCUACUACUUCAGCCGGCGGCGGGCGCUGGCCAACGCGCUGGCCUCGGUGGGCGUCUCCCUGGGCAUCACCCUCUGGCCGCUGCUCUCCCGCUACCUCCUGGAGGACCUGGGCUGGCGGGGCACCUUCUUCAUCUUCGGUGGGAUCCUUCUCCACUGCUGUGUCUCCGGGGCCGUCCUCAGCCUGGCCGCCCACCGCACCCACCUGUUCAUCCUGGCCGUGCUGCUCAACGGGCUCACCAACCUGGUGUGCGUGGCCUCGGCCGACUUCGGCGUGCUAGUGGGCUACUGCCUGGUCUACAGCGUGUCCAUGAGCGGCAUCGGCGCCCUGCUCUUCCAGGUGCUCAUGGACAUUGUGCCCACGGACCGCUUCUCCAGCGCCUUGGGCCUCUUCACGGUCCUGGAAAGCAUCUCCAUCCUCAUCGCCCCGCCAGUAGCAGCUCUCUUCAUGGGGACCAGCUUCUGUGUCCUACAGAAGAAGGAGAGACAAGGCCGGCAGGCUGAGGUGGGAGGAGCCAGCGCAGAGCAGGACCUGACCCCAGAGGGCCCGGAAAGUUCCAAGAAGCAGCUGUGCCCCGAGAUCAUGUAUGUGACCAGCCUCUGAGCUCUGGCGCCACACGUGGCCACCUGGGUGUGACCAGUGUCCAAGCCCUGGGAUCACGUGAAUGACCACUGUCUCAGCCUGGGACACUUGCUGCCAGGGCUGGGUAGAGGGCUGCCCAGGAAGCCAGGACCAGAGGCUGCCUGGGCUCUGCUGGCAGGACCCAGCCUGAGCAGGGACCUUGGAGCUGGCCUCCAAAGACUCGGGGCUCCUUCCAGUCAGCCCAAUCCAGGAGCAGGUCCUCCUGGCAUUUUCCUUGGUCACCAUCACCCUGGGGCCCAGGAAGGGGGGUGGUCUGAGCCCUGUGUGGGUCUGUUACAGCUGGCUCGUCUCAGCUGGCUACAGGCUGCUGCUGCUAUAAAUUAACAGACUGUACCUUCCAAUCCA